AUGAAAGUACAUGAAGAAGAGAUUCGAAGGCCAAUCACAUUAGAAGACUACCGUCAUACUGGAGCCGUUUUGCUCAGCCCGUUUUCACCCGAAACGAUGGAGGAUGUUUGUAGACUGCGGCAGCCUGAACGUCGUAUUAAAGCCAAACGACUGCAGUACAACGGAAAUCAGCUGUCAUCUUCUAGUGAGAGCAGCCUACGAAGCUCUUCUUCAUGCGCCUUCAUAAGAAAUGAAAUUCUGUCCAACAAUGCUAGAGCACAAUAUCUGCUCGUGCUGCCUUUUGACGCCAAAAGCCUUCAGCAAGGGCCCAGCAUCACCUUGUAUACUGCUCUCGGCUGGUUUAAAGUGAAUGUAACAAACCUUUUUAUGUCAUUCGCUUCAGGCCAGGCUCAGUUCAACAAUGCAGUUGCUAAUGUGGAUAGUAAAGUGCAGAAAUUGAUCAAUCUGAAUGACUUCUUCUCUCCGAUCGACAGCUUCUGGGACACUGCACUCAACCAACUCACCAAGCCAGAUGAAGGUCUGCUUACGAAAUUUGAUGCAUUUGAAGCCAAAUUAGGCAGUGUGUACGAAGUAGUCGGACCAGUGUUUACAGCUGUCUGCUACUUCUUUCUUACAAUAGAACUUACCUUAUUUCUGGCCUGCCUACUUCAUCUAAUCUGGUUCUGCUACACCGACAUGAAGUGGGAGAAUAUAUGUAAGUUUUGUCUCGUUUUAGCAAAUUUCCCAUUAAGUCCUAGACUAAAAAUUUAUUUUAUCUCAGAUGUCAUGAAAAAAAGGCUCUUUGAAAAACACCAACGAAAUCGAAAAUAUUAG